AGACAAUAUUCAUCAUCAUCAUCAUCAUCAAUGUUUUCUUAUCAUCAUCAACAUGAAAAUAGUUCAUCAAUAUUACAACGAUUUCUACAAAGAUGCCUUUUAUUAAUAUUUAUAAUGACAAUUAUCGAUCAUUUUUUAUUCGUUCAACAUCAUCGUUUUGUUCAUUGUGAUCGAAAUCGUUUUUAUCACAUAUCAGCAUUAUGUCUACGUGAACGUGUACAUCCAUUAUCGAAAAAAAUUGAUGGUGCCGUCAUCACUAGUAAAGCGGAAAAUAAUCUUGAUUGUACAAUUACAUUUCAAACGGAUACAAUAUUACAAAAAUUUAUGUUACGUUUUGAAAAAUUGGCCUUGGAUUGUAAUGAUCAUCUCUAUAUUUAUGAUGGUGCACAUACUAUCGGCAAUCAUAAGGCUGAUUUAUCCUGUCGUAGUACAAGAGCCGAAGUGGGCACAAUCUAUAUACAGAGCAAUUUUCUAACACUUCGAUAUACAACGGAUGCCUAUUCCAAAGCUGAUAAUGGUUUCCGUUUAAUCAUCACUGCCUAUAAAGAUUCAAAAAACUAUUGCCGUGAACAUCGAUGCGCCAAUCAAUAUUGUGUAUCACGCGAUCUGGUCUGUGAUGGAGUGAAUCAUUGUGGUGACAAUAGUGAUGAACAUUAUUAUGUCCAUUGUCAAGAAAAUGAAGUAACAGAUACAAUAAUUGGUCUUGAUCCAAUGAUGUUCAUCGCAAUCGUAUCAUCAAUAUUUGUAUCAUGUUUAGCUUGUGUAAUAUCUGUGGCAUUCUGUCUUUGUCGCCGUGAACGUCUUCUGAUUCAACAACGACAACAACAACAACAAAUGGCCUUACAACAACAACAAUAUCAAUUACAUGAUACUGGACAUCAUAUGGGUACAACACCAUUGAUGACAGCAGUGCAUCAUCAUCCAAAUAAUAAUUUCAAUCCUAUUUAUCAAACAAAAUUAGAUGGUGUUUGCACAAUGAUUACAUCAUUAGAUUUUGGAACAACAACAACACAAACAGCAUUGGCUGCAUUUGGUGCAUCAAAUACAACAACCGUUGGUGGUGGUGGUCUAAUCACCCGAAAUGGUGGUGGUGGUGGUGGCGGCGGUGGUGGUCUAGUCAAUUCAUAUACGCACACAGCAUUACCAAAUAAUGUGAAUCAAAAUCAUUUUUCAACAUUACCACAUCAUCAUCAUAAUCAUAAUCAUCAUCAACAGCAAGUUAUGUUACCUGGACAACAACAACAGCAACAAGGUUCACCUACACAACAUGUACGAUUUGGAACAUUACCAAAUCGUAGUGGAUCAAUUAGCCAAAAUAAUAAUUCAAAAUUAUCACCACAAUCAACAACAUAUCAAAUGAGUAAUGGAAAUUCCGUUGGAUUAGCCACUGUUGUAACUACAGCCACUGGUAAUGGUGGUAAUGGACAUGUAACAACAGUACCGAUAUCAUCGUCUAUCGGUCUACAACAACAACAAGUACACUUUUCAACGGCCAAUUCAUCAUGAUGAUCAAUAAAAAGAUUGUCCAGAAUUGUCUAUCCAUUUGUUGGCAGACAAACAGUAAACAGUAAUCGUAAAUCAUCAAAAUUGCCACUAUAAUCACAGACAGACACAAUUAUCGAUCAGAUAAUUGAUCUUGUGAAAUUUAAAACGUUUCAUCAUUCAAAAAAUUCAAUUAUUUAACCAACGAUAUGAUCUAAUUGUUUGUUAGAGUUUUUUUUAACGACAAAAAAAAUCGAUAAAAUCAAUUUUUUUUAGUUUAUUUUGCCAGAAGUUUUUUUUUUUU